GGAGCCGGCGCCGGCCCUCCCGGGGUCGAAGAUGGGUUGGGACGCGCUCGGGUCCCUGCUGCUGCUGCUGGCUCUCGUCGUCCAGCCGUGGAGUCCCCGUGCGAGGGCGAGCACGGAGAACCCCUCCAGCAUCCCUCCAGAUAAAUUAUUAGUCAUAACUGUAGCAACCAAAGAAAAUGAUGGAUUCCAUCGAUUUAUGCAGUCUGCCACAUAUUUCAAUUAUACUGUGAAGGUACUUGGUCAAGGAGAAGAGUGGAGAGGUGGUGGUGGAAUUAAUAGUAUUGGAGGGGGCCAGAAAGUGAGAUUAAUGAAAGAAGCCAUGCAACAUUAUGCUAGCCAAGAGGAUCUGAUUAUCUUGUUUACAGAAUGCUUCCAUGUCAUAUUUGCUGGUGGUCCUGAAGAAAUUUUAAAAAAAUUCCAGAAGACAAACCAUAAAGUGGUGUUUGCAGCAGAUGGACUUCUGUGGCCAGAUAAGAGAUUGGCUGAGAAGUAUCCCAUUGUGCACAGCGGGAAACCCUACCUGAAUUCAGGAGGAUUUAUUGGCUAUGCUCCGUAUGUCAAUCGAAUAGUGCAACAGUGGGCUCUUCAAGAUAAUGAUGACGAUCAGCUCUUUUAUACUAAAAUUUACAUCGAUCCUUUGAAAAGGGAAUCUUUUAACAUCACCUUGGAUCACAAAUGUAAAAUUUUCCAGACUUUAAAUGGAGCUGUAGAUGAAGUUGUUUUAAAAUUUGAAAAUAACAGAACCCGAGUCAAGAACACAUUUUAUGAAACAUUACCAGUGGUGCUUAAUGGAAAUGGACCCACCAAGAUUGUCCUGAAUUAUUUUGGGAACUACGUGCCUAACCUGUGGACACAGAGCAACGGCUGCUUGCUUUGCGAAGUUGAUACAAUUGACUUGUCUUCAGUGAAUGUCCAUCCAAAUGUAACAAUAGGUGUUUUUAUUGAGCAACCAACACCUUUUCUACCUCGAUUCCUGGACACAUUGUUGACACUGGAUUACCCAAAAGAAGCACUUAAACUCUUUAUUCAUAACAAGGAAGUUUAUCAUGAAAAGGACCUUAAGGUAUUUUAUGAUAAAGCUAAACAUGAAAUCAGUACCAUAAAAAUAGUAGGACCUGAAGAAAACCUGAGUCAGGCCAAAGCCAGGAACAUGGGAAUGGAUUUUUGUCGUCAGGAUGAAAAGUGUGAUUAUUACUUUAGUGUGGAUUCAGAUGUCGUUUUGACAAAUCCAAGGACCUUAAAAAUUUUGAUUGAACAAAACAGGAAGAUCAUCGCUCCUCUUGUGACUCGACACGGUAAGCUGUGGUCCAACUUCUGGGGGGCGCUGAGUCCCGAUGGCUAUUACGCCAGAUCGGAAGACUACGUGGACAUUGUUCAGGGGAAAAGAGUAGGAAUCUGGAAUGUCCCCUACAUAGCUAACAUAUACUUAAUUAAAGGAAAGACGCUCCGCUCGGAGAUGAGGGAAAGAAAUUACUUUGUUCGGGAUAAAUUGGAUCCUGACAUGGCUCUUUGCCGAAAUGCUAGAGACAUGACUUUACAAAGGGAAAAAGACUCCCCUACUCCGGAAACAUUCCAAAUGCUCAGCCCCCCAAAGGGUAUGUUUAUGUACAUUUCUAAUAGACAUGAUUUUGGAAGGCUAUUAUCCACGGCAAAUUACAAUACAUCUCACUAUAACAAUGAUCUCUGGCAGAUAUUUGAGAAUCCUGUGGACUGGAAGGAAAAGUAUAUAAACCGUGAUUACUCGAAAAUUUUCACUGAAAACAUAGUGGAACAGCCUUGUCCAGAUGUCUUUUGGUUCCCCAUAUUUUCUGAAAAAGCUUGUGAUGAGCUGGUGCAGGAGAUGGAGCACUACGGCCAGUGGUCUGGGGGAAAGCAUCAUGAUAGCCGCAUAGCUGGUGGUUAUGAAAACGUCCCCACUGAUGAUAUCCACAUGAAACAAAUUGGUCUGGAGAAUGUCUGGCUUCACUUUAUCCGGGAGUUUAUUGCACCAGUUACGCUGAAGGUCUUUGCAGGAUAUUAUACAAAGGGGUUUGCCCUGCUGAAUUUUGUCGUGAAAUAUUCCCCCGAGAGACAGCGUUCUCUUCGUCCUCACCACGACGCUUCCACGUUUACCAUCAAUAUUGCGCUCAAUAACGUGGGAGAAGACUUUCAGGGAGGAGGAUGCAAAUUCUUAAGGUACAAUUGCUCCAUUGAGUCGCCGCGGAAAGGCUGGAGCUUCAUGCAUCCGGGGAGACUCACACAUCUGCACGAAGGACUUCCGGUCAGAAACGGAACAAGAUACAUCGCAGUGUCCUUUAUAGACCCCUAAGUUAUUUGCUCUCCAUGGAAUUGAAUUCUCUUUGGCAAUGAAUGACUGGCAUGAACAUGGCUUUGAAGGUGCGCCUGAGAAGACCAGAGGAAUAUUUAAAUAAUUUUAACAGAACAACUUCACUUUGGGCCAAACAUUUGAAAAACUUUUUUUU